CGGCGGCGCUAUCCCAGGAGCAAGCGAAGCCACAGCCGCCGCUACUGCCGCAGGAGGCGUGAGGAGAUAAAAACAUUCAGAUGGCAGAUAACAGCUUUUCAGAUGGGGCUCCUUCAGAUUCCUCGGAAGCUGCUAAAGAUGCAAGUGCUACAGAGAAGCUCACCGAUCAGGUGAUGCAGAACCCUCAGGUCCUGGCAGCCUUGCAGGAGAGGCUCGACAGUGUCUCCCACACUCCUUCCAGCUACAUCGAGACUUUACCUAAAGCCGUGAAAAGAAGAAUCAACGCAUUGAAACAACUUCAGGUGAAGUGUGCUCACAUAGAAGCCAAGUUCUACGAAGAGGUCCACGACCUGGAGAGGAAGUACGCGGCGCUCUACCAGCCUCUCUUUGACAAGAGAAGGGAGUUCGUCACUGGUGACGUGGAGCCGACAGAUGCGGAAUCAGAGUGGCACAGCGAGAAUGAAGAGGAGGACAAACUGGCUGGAGACAUGAAAAGCAAAGUAGUCAUCGCGGAAAAAGAAGCCGAGGCAGCAGAGGAGCCAGCCCCCAGAGGGAUCCCCGAGUUCUGGUUCACCAUCUUCAGAAACGUGGACAUGCUGAGCGAGCUAGUCCAGGAAUAUGAUGAGCCAAUCUUGAAACACCUGCAGGAUAUUAAAGUGAAGUUUUCAGACCCUGGACAGCCUAUGUCUUUUGUGUUAGAGUUCCACUUUGAGCCCAACGACUACUUCACCAAUUCAGUCCUGACCAAGACGUACAAGAUGAAGUCCGAGCCGGACAAGGCCGACCCCUUCUCCUUCGAAGGCCCUGAAAUCGUUGACUGUGACGGGUGCACUAUUGACUGGAAGAAAGGAAAAAACGUUACAGUCAAAACGAUCAAGAAAAAACAGAAACACAAGGGUCGAGGCACCGUCAGAACCAUCACCAAGCAAGUCCCCAACGAUUCCUUUUUCAACUUCUUCAGUCCGCUGAAAGCGUCCGGGGAUGGAGAAUCGCUGGAUGAAGAUUCCGAGUUCACACUAGCCUCCGACUUCGAGAUUGGACACUUCUUCCGUGAGCGGAUAGUCCCGAGGGCCGUGCUGUACUUCACGGGGGAGGCCAUAGAGGAUGACGACAAUUUUGAAGAAGGUGAGGAAGGAGAAGAGGAGGAGCUCGAAGGAGACGAGGAGGCGGAAGAAGAGGACGAUGCCGACGCGAGCCUCAAGGUGUAAUUUUUGUCUGUUAAUCAUGCGUUUCUAGAAGGAGCCCAGCCAGCCCUCGGAGUGCAAGCAGCAGUGAGCAGCGACCUGUCGGCGCAGCGCCCACACCGGCCUUUUUCAAGUGCAUGGUUUUCGCUUCAUUUUCCUCUUUCCUUAUUAUUUUGCUUAACCUGUACAGCGGCCACUUACACGCGUUUCAGAAGUAGGAGGUUGAAUCUAAUCCCGCACCCUCUGCGGCCUUGGGUGCAGCUCAGUAGACUUCCCCAGGCCCACCUUUGGGGGGGCCCGUAGACCACGUGGGGUGGGAAGGUCCCCAAGCCCAGGACAGAAGUCCGGGGGCUUCUGCUCCCAUCUCUGUUUGAAGACACCACACGCUCUGUCCAGCCACCGGGUCCUCUGUCUGACCUCGGCGGAGCCGGACCGUCCGUGCUGCCGGGGUUCUCACUUGGGUUUUCUUUUCCUGGGGUGGGGUGGGGUGGGGUCGUGGCGCCCACAGGGCUGAGGCGUUAGCUUGUGUGGUGCGUCCCCAUAUUUAUUUGUUCCUCUGCUGUGAGCUCGGGUGGGUGCUGGCGCUUGUCCUCAGGUUUCUGAAACCAUGUUUGUGAUGGGGACGGGGGAGGGGCCGGGAGGAGGGGCGUGGCUCCUGGGAGCGAGGCCUGAGGGCGGAGGCACUCCUGGACGGGGGGCUCCUUGGCCACGCAGUGCCGUGUGCCCGUCUUCUGUGGGAGGGCUGGGCGGGCACGGGUGUCCUCGUGUGUACGUGUCGCGUCUCCUUGCCCAUUUCUCAGCCCCGCGUCCAUCGUGUCUUAAAGCCCUGGGUUCAGAGCGACCUGUUCUUGGCUGGCGUGUGGGGCUCCGAGUGUGUGACUUGUUCCCUGGUCCCUGGCAGCCGGUGACACGGGCCCACGCGGACCAGGCCUGGAGAGUGCUCAGCCUUAUUACUUAGAUACAUUUGUAACUGAAGAUGCUGUUUUCAAUUUGUACAGACGAGUUAGAGUAUCUAUUAAAGUGGUGAAACCUGG